AUGGAAAUGAAGCCAACAGUGCAGUCAAGGAAGUUGAAGAUGCCAAGAAUUUGGAACAUCAUGCUGAGUUGCUUCAGUAAGCACGAGGACACAUGCAGUGCGGAGCACAGAGUAAUCAUUUGUAAAUUCAGAAAAGAGCAAGUUAGUACCCUGUAUCAGAACAUCAACCUCGUGGAACCAAGACUAAUCCAGCCCUAUGAACAUGUGAUAGAGAACUUUAUCCGGGAGAUCAAACUUCAGAGCACAGAGAUGGAAAACCUGGCCAUUGCAGUGAAGAGAGCCCAGGACAAGGCAGCUAUGCAGCUGAGUGAGUGGGAAGAGGAAAUGGAUCAGAGGAUUCAGGCUGCCGAACACAAGACCCGGAAAGACGAAAAACGUAAAGCUGAAGAAGCCCUCAGUGACCUCAGACGUCAGUAUGAAGCAGAAGUAGGAGACCUACAGGGGACCAUUAAAAAACUAAGAAUGCUUGAAGAACAAUCAAAGCAUGUAAAUAAAAAAGAAGAUAUGGCAGCAUUAAAAAAACAAAUUUAUGAUUUGUCAAUGGAAAAUCAGAAAAUUAAGAAAGAGCUUUUAGAAGCACAGACUAACAUAGCCUUUCUUCAGAGUGAACUUGAUUCUCUAAAAAGUGAUUAUGCUGACCAGAGUCUGAAUUCUGAACGGGAUCUGGAAAUAAUCCGAGAAUACACAGAAGAUCGAAAUAGUCUUGAGAGGCAAAUUGAAAUACUCCAAACAGCUAACCGGAAGCUCCACGACAGUAAUGAUGGCCUUAGAAGUGCCCUGGAAAACAGUUACAGCAAGCUCAACAGAUCCUUGCACAUAAAUAAUGCAUCACCAGGGAACACAAUUUCUAGAAGCAGUCCAAAAUUUAGUGGUCAUUCUCUUCAACCUCUGGGCUAUGACAGGUCAUCCCGAUCUUCCUAUGUGGAUGAGGACUGUGAAUCCCUGGCCCUCUGUGAUCCCAUGCAGAGGAUGAAUUAUGAAGUCGACAGCCUGCCUGAGAGCUGCUUCGACAGCGGCUUGUCUACCCUGAGGGAUUCCAAUGAGUAUGACUCAGAAGUGGAAUUCAAGCACCAGAGAGUGUUUCAGAGCUCACAUGGCGUGCAGGAGAGUUCUGGGGGCGACGCUUCAGACACAGAUGUUCCUGAUAUAAGAGAUGAAGAAACAUACGGUACUGAAAGUGUGGCUUCCGCUGUGGACUGGAAGCCCCCCGCGUGUGUCAGUGAAGGCAGCAUUGUCACCUCCUCCAGGAGGCCCAUCUCCGCUCUCUCAUGUCAGGCAGAUAUGGAGAGCGACACUUCCAAAGCUCCCAGAUCACAGAAGGCCUACAAGAUUGUCCUUGCUGGGGAUGCAGCUGUGGGGAAGUCCAGCUUCCUCAUGAGACUUUGCAAAAAUGAAUUUCGAGGAGAUACAAGUGCCACGCUGGGAGUUGAUUUCCAAAUGAAAACUCUCAUUGUGGAUGGAGAGCAAAUAGUUCUGCAACUCUGGGAUACAGCAGGGCAGGAGAGGUUCAGAAGCAUUGCCAAGUCUUACUUCCGAAAAGCAGGUGGCAUUUUACUGCUGUAUGAUGUUACGUGCGAGAAAAGCUUUCUUAACGUACGAGAAUGGGUAGAUAUGAUUGAGGAUUCAUCUCCCGAGACUGUUCCUAUCAUGUUAGUUGGAAACAAGUCUGAUCUUCGUGACACUGCUGCCGCAGAGGGACAGAAAUGUGUGCCAGGAUAUUUUGGAGAAAAACUGGCCAUGACAUAUGGGGCAUUAUUCUGUGAAACCAGUGCCAAAGACGGUUCCAAUAUCGUGGAAGCUGUCCUCCAUCUUGCUCGGGAAGUGAAGAAAAGAACGGAGGAGGCCGAUAGCAAGUCCAUCACCAGUCUGGCUGGGACCGGUUCCAAAAAAUCAACACAGAUGAAGAACUGUUGCAAUGCCUAACUGCCAAAAACGUCCUCAGCUGUGACAUCUUUCAUUUCCAGGAUACUGAAUUUUGUGACUUGCUUGGUUCUUAAUAGAGUGGCUCAUCCUACAGACACUGUCCUGUGGAGAAUUUGCAGAGUGGUCUCACUGUAGUCUCAGGUCCCUCAGAAGCUCAGCUCUUCUUUGCUGUGAUCUCUGAGUGCUUUGGGCCCUUUGAAGACACCAUGGAAAUGUUUGUAAUGUGGAAAAUUCAUAUGCUCAUUUCAAGCUGAAGCCAAAUUAUAUCAACAUAAUUAGACCCACGAGGUAGAUGAUGUAGUUAACAAUGUUUCCCUAAAAUGGUUGAUACUAGUAGAAGAGAGUUCUCAUUCUAACUUCACUGUUAGCUAAUUUAGUGGUCCUGGACAUGUCACCAGCCCAUGUGAUGUAUGUUUUUUCUCUAAAACAGGCAGCUUGGCCUCAAAGGCAUUGUAGGGCUCUGCACUGUUCAGAAUCUAUAGCACUUUAAUCAGCAGUGAGUGAAGCACAAUGACCUACAAUUAAAAAGGGUCUAGGUUGUUCCUACAUUAAAAAAAAAAAUACUGCAGUAUUGAUUUUUUUCACUUUUGAAAUGAGAACAAAAUUCCAUUGAAGAAAAAAAUGGUAGUUUAGGCACCAAUGGUAACAGAAAAAUCUAUGCUUAUGUGUGGAAAACAAGUUUGAAAAAACGUUGUAUAUAAAAGGGGACAUUUUAUAAUCUCAGAAACUUACAAAGUCCCUAUCUUUGUGUGAAAAUUCUAACAAAAAUAUAUAGUAUAUGUACUACUGAAUGCAAUAAUCCAGAACAAUGUCCCUUUUCACUUACAAAUACCUACCAUCCAGUGGUUGUCAGAGGCUGAAGAAAGAGGGCAACUGAAAUUACUGUGGAUGGGUGUGUGGGCUUUGGAGGAUAAUGAGAAUGUUUUGGAAUUACGGUAGUGUCAAGACUGUAGGACUCUUCAAAUAUGUGAAGAACCACUGAAUUGCCUGACUUCCCCAUUGAGAUGUGUGUACAAGCCGGAGGAGCCAGUACUUGACCCAAAGAUGGCCAAAAGUGCCUAGCUUUUAGUAACCUGAAUGGAUUAAGUUGUUCCCAGCAACAGAUUUCCAGGCCCAGGUUCCAACUACCUUGCUGAAAAAAACUUAAUAGCUAUUAUUUAUUGGGUUAGACUAGUUAAAAGCAUUUCUUUUUAUUGAAAAUUAGAGCCAUUCUAUAUAGCAAUCAUUUCCUCUUUGUUAUUUUCAUGGUCAAACUUUAAAU